AUGUCAUCUCCCUACGUCUGCCACAAUUGCAGAUGGUCGCCUCGCUAUGGGCUGAAUUACCUCCGGUCCACACGGAGUUUCUCCUCGUCUCGAUCCAGGCAUCAAACUUUGAAGCCCGCGACAGCUCCGAAGCCGUCCCCGGACGUCAAACACAUCCGCUCCAAUGUCCAACGCUAUGCGCAGAACUGCGUGGAACGCAACUAUGCAGGACACGCUGAAUACCCUUCAACGAUACUGAGUCUGUCGGAAGAGGCCAGAAGGCUUGACUAUGACCUGAAAACUUCCCCGUCCCGUCUAAAGCAGUUGGAAAAGGCAAUCGGAAAGCUGUCCGUUGCGACACGACAAGAUCCCGGGAGCAACGAAACAGUUCAAGAGCUUGCAGAUCUCAAAGCCGAAGCGCAGCGCCUCAAGGAUGAAUCUCAUGCUAUGAUCGAGCGUCAUUCUGCUUGCAUCGAAGAAAUCCACCGUUUGGCCUUAUCCCUCCCGAACCUCUCCUCCCCGAAACACCUAUCGGCGACGACCCCCGCCUCGUCCACUACCUCAACUUCGAUCCGCAAGCCCCUCCAGAAUGGACGCACCACGCUGGGCCUGAUCGACUUCACCAGCUCCGCAACUACAACCGGCUGGGGCUGGUACUACUUGAUCAAUGAAGGCGCGAUGCUAGAACAAGCACUCGUGCAAUAUGCCCUCAGCGUCGCGCGUCGCCGGGGCUGGAAGUUUGUCGCGCCCCCAUCGAUCGUCUACUCCUACAUCGCCGAAGCAUGUGGCUUCCAACCUCGCGACCAGAACAACGAGAAGCAAAUCUGGUCCAUCGAGCAAACCGAGAUCCCUCUUGCCGCCAUGUAUGCUGGCCGCGACAUCGACGCCACAUCCCUCCCGCUCAAGCUCGUUGGCGCAAGCCGCUGCUACCGCGCCGAAGCCGGUUCCAGAGGCGUCGAUACAAAGGGAUUGUACCGCGUCCACGAGUUCACAAAGGUCGAACUAUUCGGCUGGGCCGAUAACCUGGACCCCUCGAGUCCCGCCCACGCAAAGAACCCGACCUCCGACGCCCUCUUCGCCGAGCUCCUCGACAUUCAAAUCGAGAUCCUGAGUGCCCUGCACCUGCCGUGCCGCGUGCUGGAAAUGCCAAGUACGGAUCUGGGUGCCAGUGCCACGCGCAAGCGGGAUAUCGAGGCGCUCUUCCCGUCGCGGUUCCGGCCCCAGAACCCAGGAGCCAGUUCAAUCGACCCUGCUGCGCAGCACGUUGAGUCCGCGUGGGGGGAGGUCACCUCUGCCUCGAUUUGCACGGAUUACCAGAGUCGACGGCUGGCAACUCGAGUUCGGGGUGGGGCAGUCAAGGACUCGAGAUUCCCUCAUACGGUGAACGGGACCGCGAUGGCGGUGCCGCGUGUUUUAGCGGCGAUUCUGGAAAACGGAUGGGAUCCUGAGCGGGGCGUCGUGGUUAUCCCCGAGGUGCUGAGGCCUUGGAUGGACGGGAUGGAGAUUAUUGGGCGGUGA